CCUGCUACUCCUCCCUCCUAGAGCUCCGUCUCUCCCAGGCGCACAACCAGGGAAGGAAUGAGCGACAGGACAGCAUCAAGAGGUUGGGGUAAGUGUGGACACCUGUGUAAGUGUGAGGCCAUCAUGGUGGCAUUUAAAGGCAUCUGGACCCAACCUUUCUGGAAAGCUGUUUCGGCAGAAUUUUUGGCAAUGCUCAUUUUUGUCCUCCUCAGUCUUGGCUCUACAAUCAACUGGGGUGGAACAGAAAAUCCUCUGCCUGUAGACAUGGUGCUUAUUUCUCUCUGCUUUGGACUCAGCAUUGCAACGAUGGUGCAAUGCAUUGGACACAUCAGUGGUGGCCAUAUAAACCCUGCAGUAACGGUUGCUAUGGUCUGCACUAGGAAGAUCAGCCUUGCCAAGUCAGUCUUCUACAUUGUAGCCCAAUGCCUAGGUGCCAUCUCAGGAGCAGGGAUUCUCUACCUUGUCACCCCCCGGAGUGUGGUAGGGGGCUUAGGAGUUACCCAGGUACACAAAGACCUUUCCGCUGGCCAUGGACUACUGGUGGAGUUGAUAAUUACAUUCCAGCUGGUUUUUACUAUUUUUGCCAGCUGUGAUUCUAAACGAAGUGAUGUCACUGGUUCAGUGGCAUUAGCGAUUGGAUUGUCGGUUGCAAUUGGACACUUAUUUGCAAUCAAUUAUACUGGUGCCAGCAUGAACCCUGCUAGGUCAUUUGGCCCUGCAAUUAUUAUAGGGAAAUGGGAACAUCACUGGAUAUAUUGGGUGGGACCAAUUAUAGGAGCAGUCCUGGCAGGUGCCCUUUAUGAAUAUGUCUAUUGCCCUGAUACUGAGCUCAAGCGCCGUUUCAAGGAUGCUUUCACGAAGUCAAGCCAGCAGUCCAAAGGGAAAUACAUAGAAGUAGAAGACAGCAGAAGUCAGGUGGAGACGGAUGAUUUGCUCCUGAAGCCUGGCAUGGUCCACGUCAUUGACCUUGAGAGGGGUGAAGACAAGAAGGGAAGAGACCCAACCAAUGAGGUGCUGUCAUCUGUAUGACUAGCAAGGAGCACUGAAAGCAGAGAACAGCCCAUUAGCAUGCCCACAGAUAGCCUUCCACCCAUAAAAGAGACAGAUCUAUUGUAAAUUAGGUACCGAUGACAUCUUAAAAUUGUAGGGAGAUAACAGCAAUUAAUGUGUUGCUUUAUCAGACCAUACUCCCCUUCUUUCAGAAUGGUAGCAGUUAACCUGAUUGAGGGAUUCUCAUAGAUUAUUCCAAAUUCAUAGGUGUCCUUUUGGGGAUGAUGGUAGGGGAAAUUCUCAUGUUCCCUCUCCAUCCUGAGUGACUCUUAAAAGAAGCAUUGAUCUUAAUGCAGGCAGUUUUGAGCAUGAAAUAGCCGUCUUUGGCAAUCAGAUUGACAGAUGGAACUUUUAUCUGAAGAUGCCUAUAGACACAGAACAAAGUGUCUGUCAUAUUGUUCUUCUGACACUUAAUUGGCUGUUGUCAAUCCUGAUUAGAAUUUUACUAACCAAGUCCAGACAGGCUCAGUGAUAGAAGGGCCAACCUACAGGUCACACAACGAAGCCAUCAAAAGCAUUGGGCUUUUUUUCCCCCUCCCCCCUCCACUGCUAUCAAUUGUUUCCUUCCAUGAUAUACUUGGGAGGGCAGAGGAAAACCCCAAAAUUGACAUUUACUGUUUUUAUAUUGAAUAAACAUUAUUUUCUUUUUGUACUCUUGAGACUUUCCAUAAUAGCUAGUAAUCUUGACACUUAAAGAUGUUAUAGCCUAAAAUAAUUCUGAAAGUUAUAUAUUAUUUUGUUAUCCCUCCAUCAAAACGUUCACAUGAGAUUCAGUUGUUUAUCACAAACUAUUGAUAGACUAUUGAAGGCAUAUAUACAGGAUGAAAAAGACCAUAUUUUAUUCCAUCUGUGAAUGAUACUGGGCACAAUCCUGCCAUAGUGAAGCACUUCAAAUUCUCAUUGGUUGAAACUGAAAAUAUGUAUGCACAUGCUCAACAUUCCCACUGUAACCAGUGGGAGACUUGAUGAGACUUGAAAGUGAUUAACUUUGAGUGAAUCAUGUCCAGUAAAAGUAUCUAGAGGUCAAAAAGAAGACAAAGGCCGAUCUGUUUUCAGUGCACCUAUUGAAACAAAUAAAAUGUUAUUGUGCCAGUUUUAUAGAACUGAAAUGUUAAAAUUAACAACUUUGCUCACACUGUGACUUUUUUAUUUAUAGCAAAUAGGCUUUUAUUAAUUAUUCUAAAAACUGGCUGGGAAAUAUUUGGAUAAUUGAUGCUUUGAUUUUGAAUACUCUGUUGCGAACGAGACUUAUUUUAGAGCCACUUCAAAAGCAACCUAUUUGUAUAUAGAGAGCUCUUCUGUGUAGGGGAAGAUAUAUAAACUGCAUGUAAAUGGUGUGACAAAUGCUCACACAUGUCUGUUCUACUGUGUGUACCUCUAGCGUGAGUAUACUGGAAAGCCAUAGCCAGCAUAGGCUAUGUGUGCAGUUGUCACAGGAUCUCCACGCAGCAACUAAAUCAAUGGAACAGUUAAGUGGCAUCGGAAAACUUUCACUGCAUCAGAAAGCAACUGCGUGUAAUAGCUUGCAACAUUUGAGUGACAUGGUGGUGCUGCUGAACUAUGAGUCUGCCAUUUAUGAAUUUCAAGCGCUUUUGGUCAAAAAGGAGUAACAUUUACACUUUUUGAACGUAGUCAGAACUGAAUUCUACUGAGGCUCAGGUGCUCUGGUUUGGACCUAGCAGUUUCCAUAAAAAAGUAUUAAUGAGAGAAAUACAGAGCCACCCUGAGAACACCUAUGGUGACAGGAAAUGUAUUCUAAUUUGGGCUGCUUCACCAGCUGUGAUGAUUACAAGGUAGGGAAAAGCACAAGAGAGCAAGCACAUCUUUUCCUUCAUGGAAGGGAUAUCUAGUAAGAAAAUGGUCAAAUGUAUAGCCUCCCCCAAACUACACAGUAGAAAGAGGAAUGAACUGUGAGUAUGACGAAGCUAAGCCAAAAAAUUCACUGGGGGAAAAUUGCAUUACUAGGUCUCCUAGAGGAAGGGCAAAAGAGGAAAUCUCACAGUGUAGCUGUUCACACGACCUUUGAGAGUGCCAGGGAGGGGGAAGGCAGGACAGAACCUACUUUUACCCCAGAUGAACCAGCAUGAGCCUGGGCCUCAUGGCUCGUGCGCCCACAUGACCUUCAUUUUUGCGAGCUGCGCAACAUUCUCGAGGCUGGAAAAAUGUGUCCCGGCCUCCAAAUAUCCCACAAGGCAUUGCACGAUGAGCACGGUACAGGGCGUGCUUGCAUCCUUCAGCCCAGGUAAAUGGUUGGGUAACUUUCCUGGGCUACCCGGGAGGGCAGUAUCGAUCCAGCACUUCAUACAAGCAGCCCUACCCAGAUAGAGCUGUCCAAGCCUGGGUAUUAUUAUUAUUAUUUAUCUAUUGUAUUUAACACAUUUCUGUCCCUGGGUGGUUCACAAUCUAACAACAAUUAAAGCAUUAACACAAUUAAAACAGUUUAAAAUUCAGAUUAAAAAAUCUAGAACUUCAAACUUGAAAACUAUAAACUAAAAGGUAGGGCUGCUCAUGUGAUCAGCCUCAGUGCAUAUCAGUGAAUGAUUUGGUAUCAGGGGGAAGCAGACAGGGCAUCUUUUGACUGCUUGACUCUUGAUACAUGGGGAAAUUGAUUAGCAUCCCAGUCCAGAGCUCUAUGUGUGCUCCAACGCUGCAUGUCCAAGCUUCUCUAUUUAUGUUAAUGAUGGAGCAGUGCUACACACACAAAAGACUGCAUGCUCUCAGAGCUCAUCCCACCACAGAGAUGAAUGGGGAAGCUCUGUCUGUCCUUUGAAGCCUCUACAACUACUGAUUCAAGAAAUUGGUGUCUUGAAACUUUAGUACUGACAGUUCUUUCGGGUUUUUCCUAAAGAAAGAUACAAGUUGAGUCAUACCUUUUGUUGAAGCAACUAGAGGGGGGAUCUCUAAAAUGUAAACUUUGCAGAGCUCCCCAUCUUCUGAAAACCUUUUAAAAAAUGGUGCCAACUCUCAUUGUUUUUCUCAGCCUCUACAAAGGUGUUUGUUUGUAAUUUUAAAAAAUUGGAAGUCAGUACUGAGUUUUAGCUUCACAAAGUGACAUACGUUGAACAAGUGUCCCUGACUAUGUUUUUGCCAGUACAACAAAAGUGUAUUACUCAGUACACAACAGUCUGACUGUCCUGAGAAAAUGCAUUUGCUUCAAGCUCACACUAUGCUGUAUCUAAACUCUUUUUGCACUGAUAUCAUAACAGUUGCUCUUGGGGUAGUUUUUCAGAAAAAUAUUAUAUAAGUGUAUUUCCCCCCUAAAUCCCUUUUCCUUUAAAUUUGUAUUUUGGUAAAUGUUCCAUCAGUGCACAUUUAUAUAUGUUAUGUUUUGUGAAUUCAUUAACUGUUUAGAGGCUAUUUCAUUGGCUUAUAAAGUUAACUUAUAUAUAGAUGUUAAGAUGUGAAUCUUAUGUUUAAGAGAGUUGCUGCCAUGUUUACAGCAAGCUGAAGAUGCAAAGUAAGUAUAUCAAAUACAAAUAUUUUAGAACACUAGCUUUCCUUGGUCAAAGCUCUAUAGUGAAUGGCAAAAUUUGCGGGGACACUCUCUUCACACCUGUCCUCCGUAACUGCCUCUGUAACUGCUGCAGAUCAUGUCAGCCACUGUCAUCAACAGAUAUUGGUCUAAGUGAAUUAACUAUUUAACCAACUUUGUGUACCAAAUCAGGCUGCCUUGGAGCCCCAAGAAUACUUCUGAAAGCAAUGAAAUUGGCUGGUGUAGCAAGCACUCUGAAUCUUCCCUUAUUAAAUAAGAUUGUGCCUUGUUUGCUAUUUUUCACAUCAUGAUCUCCCAUGCGAAGUAAUUUUGGAGGCUGUAGCAUUUUAGGUAUUCAAAUUUGUUUCCCUCAGUUACACCGGUGCCAUUCAUUUACUUUAAUGCUGACACUGGUGUACUCUGGAGCUUAGUGAUCGACAUAUCUUGCUUGUGAUAUACCCAGCCAAUUAAAGUUGACCUCAAAAGCUCAGCAUCAGUUGAACUGGAGAAAAAAGAACAGCUUGAUUGGCUCAGCUGGAUUAUUCAGUGUAAAUCUGUUUUCUGUACUGCAUAGUCUUCAUCGGCAAUGUGCUCAGUGUUUUCAUAAAUAAUUUUUCUUCUCAUUUGCAAUUAAUUCAAAUUAACCCAAAUAUCUUUUAAGGCUCGAGCACAUUUGGCCCAGUAUCCAACAGAGAACAAAAACAAAAUUGUAACUGAAGUAAAGAUUGUUCUUAUACUCUAGAACAGGGGUUCCCAACCAGUGGUAUUCCAGAUGUUGCUGAACUACAACUCCCAUCACUUCCAGCCACAAUAAAUUAUAGCUGGGGAUGAUGGGAGUUGUCGUUCACCAACAUUUAGAGUACCACAAGUUUGGAACCCCUGCUCUAGAACAUGAAUGGUCAAGCUCUGUGUUCACGAGGGUCAAAAUCUUCACAUCUCUCAGGCUCUCUGAUAAAGUGCCAGAAUCACUAACAAGAGGGGUAUUACAUAUGACUGUGUGAGGCAGUGCCUGUUCUGUUUAAGUGGUAUCUCAGUGCUUCAUAGAUACCUGCUAAUUGAGCAAAGAGGCACCUUUUAAAAGUGAAGAUUCUCUUUAUUUAGCAGGGGGAGAGCAACUGGCCCUAUCCAUCCCCAGCACAGCAUCCCUCCAGUGACUAUUGCUGGUGUCUAUCUUAUAUUUUUUCUAGAUUAUGAGCCCUUUGGGGACAGGGUGCCAUUUUAUUUAUCUAUUUAUAUCUAUGUAAACUGCUUUGGGAACUUUGUUGAAAAGUGGCAUAUAGAUAUUCAUUGUAUUCAGAGGAUCCACCCCCAAUUCGAUUCAGUACUUUGGGGGGUUCCAGUCCACUUUCGGCCUGAAUCAAGGGGUUGAUUCACUUGCUCCCCAAAGCAUCACCCCUUUUGCUGCCACUCCCCCAAGCCGUGAAGGUAUUUACCAGACCAGACAGGGAGAUCCAAGUGGCAAGGGAGCAGGCAGCAUCAGCUUGACUUUUAAAAAGACUCUGUAGGAAAGGAAUUUCACCAGUUUCUUCAGCAUGGUGAAAAAUCUACAUGCAAAGUGGGUUACAACAUCUGCUCUCAUUGGUGUUGGAUUCGUACAGGUUUUCUUCUUUUUUAAAGCAUAUGUUGUGUCUCAUAUGUGCCCUUCUGAUGGAUGGCACAUACAAGAUACAGCAGGUUUCAUAUUAGGUUUCUUUUGUCCUUGCAGUGACAAAGGAAACCUAAAAGUGAACAUGUGAAGUGAAUGUGCGAAGUUCAUGAAUGAGAUGUUAUAUAGCAAUCAAAUUUAUAAAAGACUCUUUAAAGAUGCAUGUAUGAUAAAGUAUCUGUUACCUCUAGGACUGAUGAUAAACUGGCAAAAAUCAUGAUAUAUGGCAAUUUCCCUCCAAAAAGAUUUACUUUUACAGUGUCAUUCAGCACAUUAUCAGAACUAAUUUGAUAAUAGUAUUUUAAAUUACAACAUGUAACAUUUGGAAUAAUCUAUUUAAAAUAGAUAUGCUACCAUCAAUAAUAGAUUCCUAUCUUGUUCCCUUCUACGCUGCUGUAUCUUUUCUUUUUUGUCUGUCUGUAAUGUAAAUAAACUGUUGUCUGUUUUGAUUCA